AUGCUUUAUGUUCCUGCAAAGCUCGAGAGGGCUGGAGGGGAGCUCAAAAAGUCUGGUCAGUCCUACUCAUUCCCCCUCCUUCCUCCACCCUCUCCUCCUUUAUCCUCGUCUUCUCCCCUCUUUUAUCCAAGUGUUUGUGGUCCCCACAUUCCCACAGCGACUCUGAGCCGUGGAACGUCACAUGCCACCAUGAGUGUCCUGCCAUGCAGUUUCCUCCUUCUCCUCCUCCUCCUCUGCCUCCCCGUCGUCCCUGAAGCCAAGCGGCAGCCUGGUGAGGAGAAACCCGAAAAACCCCGUCAGCCUCCACCGUCACCGCAACCAGCCAAGAGAGCUAGAAAUCGUUCAGUGCCGGGCUCUGGAGAGCUGACCACCAAGGAGGGCCAUAGCUGCACUUGGCAGACGUCUGGUGAAGGCCUGGUCCGCUUGCUGGUGAACUGCAGCACUGAAACACUGGGAGUCCAGCAGAGGUAUUGGUGUCGUUACGCUGGUAAACCAGACCUUUGCCAGGCCUAUGGAGUGAAGUCCAGCCAGUACUGGAAGCAGCUAGUGGGGAAGCUGAAGAAGAGGCAGAACGCCUGCGAAGGAGAGAAAGUCCUCAAGGCUAAAACCUGCAAGAAGGCUCCCGCCGAGGCCCACAUGAAGCUCGCCCAACGCAGUGGAGAGGAGGAGAGGAAGGGAGGGAAGAAGAGAGUACCGCCGGCCAGUAAGAGCUCAGACGGAGGGAAGGUAGAGAGGAGGAAGAAGAAGGAGGAGGGAGAGGAGAACAAGCAGGAGGAUUGGACUGGGUUCAACGAGGAAGGAGUGGUGAACGACAUGGAGCCUGUGCAGACUUACUGCAGUGAGGGAUGGCACUCCGUCUGCUCGUUCUUUGUCAAGUUUUUUGAGGGUUGAUGGGAAAUUAUGAAGGAAAUGCAAAUCUCAUUUUUGAUACAUGAUGGUGCGAGUUCACAAUCUGAAAACAACCCAUAGAAAGAUGUUUUUCUUUAUUAUACAGGAAACACCAGGCAGCUCAUUUGUAAAAAUAAUUUAGAUUAUUUUUGUCUUCCACAGCUGUUUAACUAUAAAGUAAAUGUGGAGAUUUCAGUGACUUUGACUUUGAUUUAACCGUAAAACAAAACACCUUGUUCAUAUGAGCUUUUUAAAAACGUAGACGUUUAAAAAAUGGGGCCACCUGGCAUCUAAUUUGCAACUUAAAGUGGAUAGUCAAUUAAGACCUGGCGAAUUAUACAAAACCAUUAUAUUAAACCUAUCAAUACUAACUAAAAGCCACAAUUCACUAAAUGUCCCUCCAAGUCAUUGCACACUCCAUCUGCUGACGUAAAUCCAUGGGGAGGGAACAGAUGAACAGUAUUUGAAUGGAGGAAAAUGAACCAUUCUGAUUACUUAAGUUUUGUGUUAAUUAAGCAUAUUUAGCUUUGGAAUGUGUUAUGUCGUAUAAACUUUGUUGUAGUUGAGCUGUUUAAAAUGUGUAAUUUUUUUACUUUCUGACUAACAAAUAAAAAUAGUGUUUUGGUGAACAAUCAAUCAAUGAUCACCAUUGAUGAUGAUGGCGAUAAUAGUAGUGAUUACUAGUUUAUUUUUGUGAUGGGUAACUAAUAUUUUGUAUAAACUUUGUGUAACUGCUCUGUAUAAACAACCUGGUUACUAUUGGAUGUGAUUUGUGGCAGUUAGCCUUUUUUAUUUUUUAUUUUUUUAAUUUUUUAAAGAAAUGUUAACAUUGUUUCUGGAAUUCUUCAAUAAAAACAA